AGCCCCAUCUAAAUGGCUGACCGUGUGCUCGAAUUGCUAGCGCCUGUGCAGGCGGCGCUGAGCGCCUCUCCUCUGGCUGUGAAAAUCACGGCGGCUGUGGGCUGCCUGGUACUAUCUCGCCUGGCGCUGCAGCUGCUGGGAUCAGUGUACACGUUCUUCCUGCGUCCGGCCAAGAGCCUUAAGGGCUUUGGCCAGUGGGGCGUCGUCACGGGCGCCACGGAUGGUAUUGGCAAGGCGCUGGCCAUGGAACUGGCGCGCAAGGGAAUGAAUGUGGUGCUGCUGAGCCGCACUCAGAGCCGUCUGGAGGCUGCGCGCGACGAGAUUCUGGCCAAAUACCCUAAGGUGCAGGUGGAGAUCUUAGCUGUGGACUUCAACCAGGUGGACGAGCCCAGCGUGCGCGAGGCGCUGCAGAAGAAGCUGGACCAAGUUAAGGAUGUCGGUGUGCUCUUCAACAACGUCGGUGUGUCGUACGACUUCCCCGAGUUCUUCGACCAGCUCCCGGAAGACCGCGUGGACAGCCUUAUCAAGCUCAAUGUGGCUGCCACCACCGUCAUGACCAAGCUGGUGCUGCCCGGUAUGGCUCAGCGUAAGCGUGGAGUGAUUGUCAACCUGAGCUCCGGCUCGGGCCGUAUGGUCGUACCGCUGCUCAGCGAGUACUCAGCCACCAAGAAGUACGUGGAGCAGCUGACGCUAUGUCUCGCAGCUGAGUACGCGGCUAAGAACGUGCACGUCCAGUGCCACGUGCCUAUGUUCGUGUCUACCAAGUUGGCCAAGAUCCGCCACUCGAGCUUCAUGGUGCCAUCUCCCGCCACGUACGCACGCGCGUCGGUGGCACACCUGGGCUACGACACACUCAUCUCGCCGUACUGGCCGCACGCGCUGCAGAUCUGGCUGUAUGAGAGCGCCCCCACGUGGCUAUUGGCUAAGGCCGCCAUGAUGACCCACCUGUCGCUGCGCAAGCGCGCGCUCAAGAAGCUUGAGGCCAAGAAAACUCAGUAAACGCAGCGCUAAAUAGGCUUGUGACUCGUCAUGCAUUUAACACUUGAGUGACGACCACUGCUGCUGGCCAAGUCGGCAAGGAUAACGACCACACAGCAGCACCGGUAGUACAUGUGGUAGUACACAUAGUUGUAAGCAAAACCGCCGCCAAUUCAUGCAACGUGAUCGCCUGCUUGAAACGCUCA